CACUCUAGAGGUGUCCGCAGAGCAACGCAGCGCAGAUUCUUUUCUGCGGAUUUUCAGGUUCCACUGAACGAACCUGCAGUUGGAUCCGAAGUAAUUCCGGACAGCACAAUCUGGACCGGACCGAGCUGGACCGAGUCGGGUCGGAAUACAGUCAGAAAUACAAAGAGAAGGGGAGAGAAAGACAGCCUGCAUCAUCAUCUCCCGCAUAACGGACCGGAGUCUUCCUCACCGAGGAGAAGAUGUCAGGAUCAUCGGACUCGGGACCAGAGGUGCCAGACUGUGUUUCAGAGUCUGUGUGAGGUCUGCAGGGACUCAGACCUGAGAGCUGGACCCAACAUGGCCGCUGUGCGUGCAGCUGUGUGUCUGUGUAUGCUGCUAUUGCCUGCUGUGGCCGGGCUGCAGUCCGAGGACCGAGAGUGUGCCUUUACUGACCACCUCAUGGGGGCCGUGUCUCACAACAGUCCCACCAGUGAACUGCGAGGAGUGGUGCGAGAGAAUGGCACGGUUCGCUGCAGCCGUGGCUCUCGCUGCUAUGGAUUGUGGGUGAAAAGACCGGACGGUGAAAUACACCUGUUAAAGCAAGGUUGUUGGACUCACAUUGGUGACCAGCAGGAGUGCCAUGGUGACCAUUGCCUGGUAACUCCAACACCCUUUCAGAUCCAGAAUGGC